AUGAAGAAGGAAAGCGUGUAUAAGACUUUGUGGUCGCGAAUCAAGAAAGGCCAAUCUUUCGUAGGCGAGGGAUCUCGUGUCAGUUCAUGGCUGUUUGCGUCUGAUCCCCAUGGGACUCAGAUGGCAAACCUUAUAUGUGCUAUUGAUCCUUGGUGUGAUCUUUAUGUAGCAAAAGUUACCGAAGGCAGAUCUGGUAUUAUCCCAGUAAGAGCGAUUCAGUGGGCAAUGGACCAAGGAGUUGAUAUAAUUUCGAUGAGUUUCGCUAUCUUGGAGCACACGAACAGCUUAGAAGAUAUUUGCAAGGAGGCUGCACGAAGGGGCAUUAUCAUGCUUUGCAGCACCCAUGACGAAGGCUUCAAUGUAACCAAGGCUUACCCGGCAGAUUUCAGCGAUACCAUAACAAUCACAGCUUGUGAUGAGUUUGGUGCUGUGGCACAAACUAUGUCACAAGAGUAUCGAUAUUCGAUUCAAGGACACGAAGUGGCUGCGGGUGUGGUUCCUUUCCUUGAGUCAAGCGAUCGUAUAUCAGGGAGCUCUGUUGCCACAGCCAUAGCUGCUGGAUUGAGCUCACUGGUUUUGUCUUGCGACCGCCUUGCCCGGAAUGACGACGACUUUAAGCAAGUGACCCGGAAAACGAUCAUUACCAAACAGUUCGGAAUGAUGGCUAGUGAUAACACGAAGUAUUUGAUCUUGGGAAAAUUCGCUGGCAUUGACGCGAAAAUUAGAGAUGGAACAGAAAUCAAUGCUCGAAGCAUUAUUAAAGAAUUUUUCAAAAGUGUAACAUAUGGAGAUCCCUAG